GAAGGUAUGCGCUCUAUGAGCGAUUUUCUAGUUACUAAUACUUUUAAGGAUAAUAUUUUUGAUUUGAUUAUAUGUUAAAAUGACCUGCCAGAAUCGGUCAACGUUCAAGCCCCCUAGCCUGCUCCAUGCGCAUUUCGAGACUCGCUGAGUGGGGUUUUAAAGCGAAGGAGCAGUGAGUUCAACCACCAAAGUACGGAUUUAUGCAGGCCUAAUAGUAAUAAUAGUAAUAAUAGAGUUUUUUUUUUUUUUCAAAAACAACGACACAGUUUGCUAAAGUGUCAAUUUUUUUUAAAUCAAUUUCAAACCUUCCUGGUGAAAAACGCCUGUUUUAUUACGGUGUACCAUCCGGAAAUGGUGGUUUCCAGGGAAACCAUGAGCUACAAACUUGCCUGCAGUAAAUUGAAAAAUGGCCGGAGGGAACGACUACAGUAAAUACGAUUUUGCGCAGCUGCAAGCUGAACUCGAAGAAGAACAAGAGAUAAAAGAAAUGCUUAUAGAAUCUGUGUGUGACCUGCGAUGUACUGUGGCUGAACUCAAGGAAAGAUUACGCGGUGUUGACGGGGAAGAUCGGUUGGCUUUUAUCCGAUCAUAUGAAGAUAUGGAAGUUGAAAUGCUUAAACAACAUCUAAAGUUCCUGACUGAGGAGAAAUCCGAUCUUCAGAGUCAGCUCAGGAACUGCCACCUUCAAAUCGAGCAGGAGGGAAAGGCAUUCCAUAAAACCAACAAUGAAAGGCGGGCGUACCUUACAGAAAUAGCUACGCUGUCUUCCAUCCGUGACCCACAAAGAACACAGUGCUCCAGUCAGCGACACGGGGCACCAGAGAGCCUACAGAUCAGAGGAAAAGACAUCCGUAUGAAGCCACCAGCUGGUUCUAACAAAGGCACAGAGGAGGGAUUAAGAGAACGUGUGAAUGGGGGAAGAGGAGGAGAAGGAGGUGGUGAUUCAACAACAAAGAGGGGAAUGAAGAAGAAAUCCAGGUUAUCCACCCUGAAGCAGCGGCCAAAACACAAUCCUUAACCAAAAUCUUCUCCUGUGGAUAUUUGCAGGGUUCUUUCAUUGAGGGUUAUUAUCCUUGUACAUUUCUGUCAGCUUCCUUUUUGUGUUGGCACUUAUUCAUUUCCUCUAAAGCUGAUUAUGUAAUAAAUGAAACACUGCAGUUUUAUGCAAAUUUGCUCAUAUAGCAUUAUUGGCCGUCAGUAAUUGGGCCUUUCUUGCACACAUAAGCAGACUUUUCACACCCCUACCAAGUCAUUUACAAAAGGCCUUCAUUGUGACAUUAGAAUGAGCUUAUUCAGCUAUUUUUAGCUUGAUCAACUCAGAAUUGGUUGUGAUCUAGUUAUUCGCCAACAUUUUUUAAAAACUAUUUUAUGGUCCUAGUGGCCACUAAUCAUUGGUAGCCUGACAGUAGGAAGGGCUGAGAAAGAUGGAAAAAUCAUGCACCCAGUGGUCCAGGGCUAGGAAUUAAACCUGGGACAGCCACAUUA